AAUCUCGAAAAGGGAGACAUCGGUAAAACACACGUACUCUAAAAUAUUAUGGCGUCAUGUCUAACGCCACUUGUUGGAAAUGUGCGUUCUCCUGACACGCCGACAUAUGUGCUCACAAUUGUUUUAUAACAAUACACGUGACCUAUAAAUGAACAAAUGUGCUAAGUAACAUUUGUUACGGUAUACCAUUUGAGUUAAGUGACGCUUAUCGCAAAAGGAAGUUACUAGUCAUACGUGAACAUUUCGAACUGUGAAGUUGCGUGAAUUUUUUUUGAAAAAUUGAUCCUUGAUUCAUGUGAAUAGUGUUGAAUAUUUCUGCGACCUCGCAAAGUUACAAACAUCUUUAAGAUAUUAUCCAAUAUCAAAAUAGAUGCCGUUGGAUGAGAUAGACUGAAAAUACGGAAGCACCUGAUGACAAUUUUGCGAGAUGACGAGUCUUCGAUAUGACACUACCUGUUUUAUUUUAAUUUUACUUCACAUUUUAGUACCCUCGAAUGUAGCAUUGAGAAAUAUUCUGAAUGUUCAGCAUUUGCCUGAUACCAAGUUCAGUUCGAAUGAAUAUUCAGAAUAUCCUGAUCCCGAGGAUAGAGACAGAGGAUCCUUAACACAACCGAAUGACCAACAAAAUAUAAAAGAUAAUUUAAAUUUAGAAACUAAUAAUCAGAACAUUGACAAAGAGGAAUCAAUAACUACGGAUGUCUUAAAUAAAAACAUAGUGUUGGAUGCGCAAUGGGGUGCACAAUUGAAACUUACUCAGGCAUCAGCAGUUUCUAUGGAUCCAAAUGGCAAUAUUGCUAUAUUUCAUAGAGGAAAUCGUAUGUGGGGUCUUUAUACUUUUGACAAUGAAAAUAGAUUCGAUCCAAAUAAUGGGCCGAUAGCACAAAACACGAUAAUUCUUUUGGAUAAAAAUGGAAAAGUAAUAUUGGAAUGGGGAAAAAAUAUGUUUUAUCUCCCGCAUGGUCUGACUAUUGAUCAGGCUGGGAAUUAUUGGAUUACUGAUGUAGCAAUGCAUCAGGUAUUCAAGUUUGAGGCUCAAGACGUAGAGAAAUACAUGGAAGAACUGAAACACGGACAGUUUAGCUUAGAGACUAGGGUGCCUAAUGGCCAUACCAAUGCAUUAUUCGAAGACAGCAUACUAAAGCCAUCUAUAAUUCUGGGAGAGGCUUUUGUUCCUGGCAACGACGAGAGGACAUUUUGUAAACCAACUGAUGUCGCUGUACAUAGUAAUGGUGACUUUUUUGUCAGUGAUGGAUAUUGCAAUUCUAGGAUAAUCAAGUUUAAUAAAAAUGGUGAACGAAUUUUACAUUGGGGACGACAUUGGGGCGCUGGGGAGCCUGUCUAUUCGCAGCUGCCCCCACCAAAUGCAUUUCUUGUCGCGCAUGCUUUAGCACUUGCGAGCGAAUUAAAUUACAUUUAUCUCGCAGAUAGAGAAAAUGGCAGGAUAUUGUGCUUCUUUGCCAAUAACGGUACAUUCCAUAAGGAAUAUAAACAUCCAGUUAUUGGUACAAAAAUUUAUAGUGUUGCCUACGCUCGUGAAAAAUUAUAUCUAGUUAAUGGACCUGAUCCAUACGGAAGUAAUCCAGCACCAGUGAGAGGCUUUAUACUUGAUAUCUAUUUCGGCAAAAUUUUAUCAAUGUUUGAGCCUAAAAAGCAUAUGAGUAAUCCACAUGAUUUGUAUGUGACUGAAAAUGGUUCCGAGAUAUAUGUAGUAGAAUUAAAUGAUAAAAAAGUUUAUAGAUUUCUACAAGCCGUAAAUGAUUCUACGCGUUCUGAGGAUUCACAGUCUGCUAAACGGCAUCAACCAAAGAUCUUAAUACAUCCUGAUACCAAAGAUACUGAUAUUGAAAAAACUAACAUGACAAAAAUGAUCUUAGGCCUUGGCUCAGCGGCCAUUUCCUUUAUUACAAUGUGCAUCGCGAUUGCUGCCAUUGUAGCGAGAUGCCAAAAGAGAGGAUGUCUACUUACGAUGCGUAAGAGAAUGCGUUGGGAGGCCGAGAGGCGAGAAAAUUUCAAGCUGACCGGCCUGCUGGAAUAUCGCCGUGGCAGAAACUUCAAGUUUUUGGAGAAGCGGCCAAACCCGCGCGAUUUCAACAAAUUGAACACGGAGCCGGAAACCUCGGAAGAUGAGCAUCCUGAAAAUAGUCUCGCGAAGGUUAUUUAAAACGUUGCUGAGUAACGUUGCAGCGUCUCACCCGAACAGUAUUACUCAAAUAAGAUGAAAAAUAUCACAAUUGAUUAUCAAUUAACGUAAGAUACAAAUUACGCGUUCGAAUUUUUUUAAUAUUCGCGCUGCCGAGCGCCGCCGAGUCAAUCCGAAUUCGACCGAUGAUACGCGCGUCUCAUGACGUCACCUUGCCGACUACCGAAUAUACAGUUGCUUGACAUUACCAUUUAUAUGUAUACCAAUAUAUUUUAUAUUGUAUUAAGGAUUUAAAAAAAGUGCCAUACUAAUUUAUAUAAAUUAAAGCUAGAUAUGUAGAUUGAACUGGAAUAAAUUAUCAUUUUUUUUUUCAAAUUGCUUUGGAUACUUUCUA